AUGGCCACGAGAUCCCCCCAAAACGUCACAGUGCUGAGGAGGAGCCCCCGGGGGGGUCGCCCCCCGCCUCAGCCCGGUUUGGGGGGGAUCAUCCCCCCCACCCCCACACCCCCAACAUGGGGGGGAGGAGGGGGCGGCCCGGGACCCCCACCCAUCAUUGUGGGGGGGCUGGUGGACAGCGGCACCCAGACCGACAUCAGCUUCGAGAGCCGCCUGGGGGGGGCCGAGCCGCCCCCCCUCCCCCAGGAUUAUUUCGAUCCCACGGAUUUGGGGGAGCCCGAGCGCCCCGAGGAGCUGGAAUAUGAGUUGGGGGAGGUGAACCCCAACAGCAUCGCAGCCAAGGACGGGCGGAUCCGGGAGGGCGACCGGAUCGUCCAGAUCAACGGGGUGGAGAUCCAGGACCGGGAAGAGGCCGUGGCCUUCCUGACCCGUGAGCAGCAAACCAACAUCUCCCUGCUGCUGGCACGGCCCGAGAGCCAGGUGGCAAAGCGAUGGAAGGACAGCGACCGCGAGGAUUUCCUGGAUGAGUUCGGAUCUGAUGAGGAGGGGGAGCUCAGGGGGGCCUGGACCCCCCCCGGGCAGCCGCCCAGCCCGGCCACGCCCGGAGGGGGCCGCGGGGCCGAGCCCGACAGCGGCGUGGGGCGCACGGACGAGUCCACGCGCAACGAGGAGAGCUCGGAGCACGAUCUGCUGGGCGAGGAGGCUGGAGCGGGAUUAGGAGCGGGGUUCCCGGGCUCGCCCUCGCCGCCGCUGCCCGCCCUGAGCCCAGCGGAGCUGCGGCGCUACCGAGCGCUGCGCGGAGCGGGAGCCGCGGGCAGAGCGGAGCUGGCGCGGCUGGAGGAGGAGCUGCGGCACCUGGAAUUCAAAUGUCGGCACCUGCUGAGGGCCCAGCAGCUCGAGAGGCUCCGCGAGCGAGGCCGCCGGGCCUGGCGCGACCCCCGCCCGGGGGUCGAGGGUCCUUUGGCCGAUAUCGCCGAAGCUCCGGAGCGCGACAGCACCAGCGCCUACAACAGCGGCGAGAGCUCCCGCAGCUCCCCGCUGCUGCUCCGAGCCGCGCUCGGACCCGCUCCCCCCGCGCCGCCGGCACCCCCGGCCGCCUCCAAAGCUUCUCGUGGCAAACGACCCGGUCGGGACCGGCUGCUUAAAGCGCGGGCGAUUAAAAUCCUGGAAGAACGCGGCGGUUCCACCGAUGAUGACGCGAGGAGCGAGUUGAAAACGGGGCGCUAUUGGAGCCGCGAGCAGCGCAAGCAGCACCUGGCGAGGGCUCGGGAGCAGCGCAGACGCCGGGAAUUGUUGCUGCAGGGCCGGGCAGAGCCCCAGGCCGGGCCCGGAGCGGCCUCGAGCAGCGCGGAGCCCCCGCAGCCCCCGCAGCACGGGCAGGGGUCGCGGCGGGGGCUGCGCAAGAGGAGCCGCCGCAUCCUGGAUAAUUGGGUGACGAUCCAGGAGAUGAUGCUGGCGCAGCACGGGGGGCGCCUGGAGCACCCGCUGCUCUCGGUCACCACCGUGUGACACCCGCG